AUGCAACUGCUGGCUGCUCCAAUAUUGGUGAGAGUUUUUGGUGCCCCGCCAGACCGAUAUAUUCUACCCGACAAGGAUGCCUUCAUCAGCCAGCUGUUGGAGAACAAUAAAAAGCAGCAGGAAACGAUAGUAGCCAAGACGAAGCUUAUUGAAAAGAUGUCACUGCAAAUAGAUGAGUUGCAGAGGCAAAUUAAUAAAUUACUGCAGAAGAGUUAA